UCGGUUUUUGACGGAGACUCGAGCAGGGCGAGUGCGCGACGGUGCCGACAGCUACCGCGCAUGUGCGAGACUUUAACACGCGUAUUAACUGAAGUCCUGGAUUUUGGCGGCAACCUCUUUAAGUGUAUGUAUCAACGCGAAAAAUGAAUAUUUCCGGUCGGAGAGUGCCGGCAGGGUGGCGUGUUCUUGUGAUACUCGACCUUGAGACUUACAGCGUGACGAAGUUUCUGUUUGUUCCGUAAGUGUGCGUGACGUGCGUACUGCGUUCCGUUGUCUGAGUGCUGGACCAUUCCAUUAUCUUUGGAUACUAAACUCUGUUGACAAGGGAGAGGGGCGGGAUGGCGGGCGAACUGCCAGUCUGGGUGUCGGGCCAACAACUGUGGGUGCGCGGAGUGGACCGCAAGACCACCUGUGCUGACGUCAUCUCGGCGCUGCUGGGGCGUCCCGACGAAAGCUACGUCAUCGUAGAGAGGUGGCGGAAGGUGGAGAGACCGUUGGGUGGAGAAACCCGACUGCUGAAGCUGUGGUCGGCAUGGGGAGACGCACAGAGGGACGUGCGUCUGUCGCUGAGGAGGGUGGCAGACGACGACAGCGGUAGGGGCAGCCCGGCCAGCGUCAGCAGGCGGAAGAAGCACUACCGGCAGAAACAACAGUCGCAGACUAUCCAUCCGAGGAGACUUGCGCAACUGUCCAAGUCGCAAAACAUCGAGAGGCUAUUGAAACUGAUCCUGGUGCAGGGAGAGACCAUCCAGCACCAACUGAAGCGACUACACGACAGGGACGAUCAGAUAGACCACCUCGAGGAGCAGAAGCACCGGACGAGGGUGGGACUCCUCGGUUCCAACUACCUCCUGGAAACGUACCUGGGGGACGCGUGCAGAGAGGACGAGGAGAAGGAGAACGACAGUGGUGUAGUUACCGAGCAGCCGAGCAGCGAGAACACGAGCACUCCCACGGGAGAGGAUACCAAAGAAGACGACGAAGAUCCGACAAUUGAAGAGGACUUGGAGGCGGAGAUACACGACUUGCAGAAGAGGAUAGAGCUCUGGGAGAAAAUUGUUAAAGUAAACAAGCGCUUGGAGAAAGAAGAAGAAUCCGUGUUGAGGCUAUCUGUGGCGAUCAAGCGAAGCGACGAGUUGAGCGAAUUGAGGGGCGAGUUGGACCGGGUGAAGGAGGAGACGGAGAGAAAUGCGAAGGAGUUAGAGCACACAGCGAACUCUCUGUCGGAGACCGACUCGGCCUUGGAGUCCAGGAGAAGGUACCUGAAGAAGCUGCAGUUGGACCUGGAAGUGACGGACGUGGAGACGGAGCGCCUGACCAGGGUGGCUGAGGUGCGAGGCAAGGGCGUGGACCCUGACUCCAACUCGGACACGGGUCUGAGUUCCCUCCACAGUAGCAGUGAGGAGGGCAGCUACCCCCUGGACACUCUAGUAUGACAGUGGGUCCUCGCCCUCACCCUUCCCUUGGCCAGCACAAACCAAAAAGUAUUGUACAUAUUGUAGUGUAUCUAGGUCAACCCCGUUAGUACCAGUAUACAUGCGCAGCAGACACUUACAUAUACAUCAUGUUACACUACACAACUUACUUUUCGGUAUUAACCAAACCAAGCCAAAUCCACCUUCAAGUUAUGUUUUACAUUUUACAAACUUAAUAGAUUAGCUGUUUUCGAUUGUUAAUACAGUAGCCUACUAAUAUGAAUUGCCAUUAUUGUUCCAAUAAUAAAACUACGCAUAUUUUUAACGCCUUCUCCUUUUGAAACUAAAUAAUUUGCAGUUUUUUUUCUAUCGAUACGGCAUUCUUUUACUAGGUAUUUAGUAAAUUUUCGAAAGAGUCUUUAAUUUUGUUUACAAGAAAUUUGUAAAUGGACGAAAAACUUCUUUAAUAAAAAAAUAUGAAGUAUUUAUAUUUGCUGACGUUUAUUAAACGUUUGCAUGUCAAUUAAUAAUACCAGUUUUCAGGUUAAUUUUUCUUAUAAUCGUAAUGUUCAUGAACACUAUAACCUUGUAAUCGGUGUUUCUAGAACAGCGUCCAGAUUUUAACCAUAAAAUUGUCUAAUUUCAAUACUUUCCUAAAUCAAAUGCCACUUUAACCUAUAUUUUUCUACUCGUAGAAAUAUUGUACAACAAUGUUAUUCAUUGUAAACGGUUAUGUUCAAAUUUGUUGGAUUUGUAAUUUUGAGUAACUACAUCAUGUAUUAAAUUAUGUUCAAGUAAAUAAUACUAUUAAAAUUGUCUGGGGUUUGAAACUCAGUAAUCUUGUUUUAUUAUCUCUAAGUAAGACAAUUGUUCAAGCAUGUCAAAAAAGAUAUUUUAUACACAAUAAAGUCUCUCCAAUAUUUUAUUGCAUAAAUAAACUCUUCAUAUAACUUCUAAUUAAAUUAACCACGUCAAAAGCCAACACACGGUAAAAAAACUGCCAAAAUUGUCAUAUUUAAUAAGAAAUGUAUAGUAUACUGUAAGUUAUCUAGCGCAUUAUUUUUAGCCGAUGUAAAUAACUCACAUCUUCUUGUUCUGUCCGUUUAGUUUCACGUUGUAGUUGGGCUGUAUCCAUUAGUCGUAAACAUCCACGUUUCUGGAAUAUCAUAUCCACUCAAACGUGUUUUUGUGUUAUAUGUAAAAAUGUAUAAAUUAUGCUCAAACCAAAGCAUUAAUUUGUGUCUACAUAUAAGGUGUAUAACAUCGUAGAAAAUGUAAACUAUUGUUGGAAUUUUGUAUAUAUGUCAAAUAGAUGUGUUCUUUAUUAAACUGUUUUAUGGUUUUUAA